AUGUACUGGUGGCAAUUUUGGAAGCAAGAAUACUCCUCCACACCGCAUUCCCUAACAGGCCCAUCCACACCCUCUUUCGACGAUUGGAAGAAAGCAUCGUUGACAAAGAUCAAUGCGAUACCUCACUUCGAGGCCGUGGCUGGUUUACAAUGUCACGAUCACGGAGGUCCGACCGACUCAUUGGCGGCCGAAGAAAUGGUCUACUGGCGAGACAUUCCCAAAGACGCAUCCUUUGCUAGCCCUUUUCGCAGCACUGCAUCCUCGUCACAACGGAAUCAGUAUCUUACGUUCGAACCGGAUGAGGGGGGGUGGAAUAAUAUACGCAUGGCCAUGGAAACGGCAGUCACGCUGGCUUUGGCUAUGGGACGGAUACUCGUUUUACCGCCAGAGCAAAACAUUUACCUUCUGUUUGAUGAUUCACAUCAGAAAAAGACCUUUUCCUUCAAAGAUUUCUUUCAUUUGGACGCAGUACAAGCCGAGAACGCCGGACUCGAAAUUUGGACGUUCGAGCAGUUCUUGGAGCGCGAGGCAAUGCAAGGGGGUUUGGUACAAAUGACGACGGGGCAGAUCUCGUUUCCACCAGACAACCGAACGAACUGGGACGGUCUCGUACGCAACUGGGACUCGGCAACUGCAGGACAGGGGAGAGUUUUGUGGUCGUGGGUUCGGAAUGUAACAACACACUUGCCUUGGUCUGGUUCCCAGUGCGUCGCGGCCUUUCCCUCUACAUCGGGUGCUGCCGGUGUGGAGCGCCUUGAACAGACUAUCCAAAGUGUCUUGGCCAACGACGAGUCCCUGCCUGGUGGUCAGGGGACCCAAAAGUGGAAACAACGAGUCAACUCCUACCGCAAUAAUCCAACGCCAACUAACGCGUCGACCGCUUUGCGUCUAGCAGAAAUGCUGGCAAAUCGUCAGGAACUUUGUAUCUAUGAUGAAACACUUCAACAGGCCAAAAUCCUGCAUGUGAAAGGAGAAGAGCGAUCAGGCUUUAGGUUGCUGUUGCACUUCUACGCGUUUUUAUUCUUCGAAGACUGGCGUCACGAUUUGUGGAUGAAACGCUUUGUUCGGGAUCAUUUGCGAUAUAUUGAUGAGAUUCAGUGUGCAGCAGCACGGGUAGUGCAGGCUUUACGGGAACGCGCUCGACAACACGGAGGCGAGAAUGCGACCAACAGCGGCUUUGACAGCUUUCAUAUCCGUAGAGGUGACUUCCAGUACCAGUCAGUCAGGAUAGACGCAGAAGAACUCUAUGAGCUAAAUAGCCGUAGGUUCUUGGCCGAGCAACGCACCGUCUUUGUUGCGACAGACGAAAAGGAUGACGCCUUCUUCGGUCCACUCCGCGAGCACUAUCAUUUGUACAUGUUGAAGGAUUUCAAGGACCUGGUCUCGAAUGUCAAUCCAAAUUACUAUGGAAUGCUAGACCAGCUGAUCGCAUCAAAGGGCGACACAUUCAUAGGCACCUAUUAUUCCACAUUUUCGGCCUACAUAAACCGGAUGCGAGGGUACGCAUCUCAAAAGGACACGAAAAAGGACUUUGAGCUUGGCACUAUGGAAAGCUUUUACUUCGCUCCUGCUGCACAUCCAGACUUGCGCAAAAUUAUGCGUUCCUAUCACAGCUUGGAGCAACCAUUCUGGGCUCAUGAAUUUCCAGUUGCCUGGAGAGAUAUUGAUCACGGAGUCUAG